AUGAAGGGUGUGCGAGUAUGCCUCUUUAUUAAUUUACUAUGUGUAUUAGUCACAUAUGGCUUGGCUUACGGUAAUACACAAGCAGAACUCAAUCAGAGCUACAGCGUUGAGCUUGAGCAAGUCAAUUUGCCGCUAAAGCUGACAAAGAACAGUGAAAAAGUCAAUGAGUUCAAAUUCUGGGGCGUCAAUGUCUACGACAAGCGAAGUAGUAUGGAUCCAUUCGAUACCAAUAACCCAUCCAUGCCUCGAGGGUGGGGGACUAAUCAUGCCAACGCAUCCUACCACAAGAACAGUGAGCCACUUAUUAUUGGUAUUAGUGUCGUACUCGCUUCCGUGAUAGUCUUCACAAUGUUCGGGACUAUCGUGUGGAGGCGGCGGCGGAAAUCCAAAUCCCGAACUAAGCUUAAAAAGAGCGAGAGUGGUUUUGAUGGCGAUCAGGAUGAGCCUAAAAGUACCACCUCGUUUGUCAGGAAGCGGAGGAACCCGCUCAAAUACCUUAAACAUAGGAAAGGCAGGAAAAUACAUCAUGUGCCUUCUCUCCGUUCCAUAAUCAGCCCAUCAAUCAACAACAACAACGAUAACGAUAACGAGGAGGAGAGAGGCGAGUUACUCAGUCACGACACAGGGAGGAAUCGAGCUAGCGAGGGUGAUGAUGACAACAGUCGGGGACUUGGGGGAGUUGAGCAAGCUGAGCAAGUCAACCAAGAGACUUUGACUCAAAUUCAGCCACGUCAACGCAAUGACGAUAAUGAAAAUGAGCACCACGAGCACCACGAGCAUCAUGAAUCGCCACCUCCAUUCCCAUUAGACCGCGACACAGACUCAGGCGCACUACCAGCUCUACCUCCGGCAUACAGACCUAACUCGCAAAGACCGACAACAUCAAGACGAGCACCGAGUACGACACGCCAAACGGAAAAGUCACGCUAUAUUAACAGUCGAGGCAAUAACGAUCUCGAGGAGCUGGAAGAAACGCCAGAACCAGCGACGAGUGAUAGUGAUAGUGAGAAUGACAACAGUGCUCAUCAUCUCACUGCUCAUAUUGCAAUUGAUGAUAAAGAUCAUUUGCGGAAUCUACAUAUGGCUUCUUCAUCGCCAUUUGGAGAUGACGAGCAACGGCGGCAUGAUGCAUCAGUUCCAGUGGCUAAUGUUGACGGUGAUGGCUAUGAGACUGUGGAAGAAGGGUUUUGGAAGCAGCCCGAUCAUGAUAAUUCCGAUACCAAGAAGAAAGAUUUAAUGCCUAGUUUACCACUUCCUCCUACCGCAUUUGAACCGACGUUCAGUCCAUUUGAUCUACCUUAUUCUGAUGAGUCGAAUAACGAUCAUAUUAUACCACCUGCGCCGUCUGCACCGCCUCCUUCACACAACACUCGAACGAUUGAAGCAAGUGCACCGCCACUUGAGACUGACGACGGCCAUUCACAGUAA